AUGUCAAGCGGCGUUGUGGUUCCCUCCACAUCUAUAUCCGAACCAAAUUCCCUCCUUCCUUUCUCUCUCUCUAUCUUUCCCUCGUUUUCUUCUCCAUUUUCUUUCCCUCUUUUUUAUUGCUGUCUCUCCCAAAUCAGAUCUCUCCAAACCCUCACUUCCAUUCUGCUCCCAAUUCUCAUCACCUUCCACAAUUCUAUUCCUUUUUCCCCCAUUCGAUUUCAUUCCCUCUCAAACCCCAAAAACCUCAGAGAUCAAUUCCUGAGAGCCGGAAUUGAUUACAAAAUUCGGGAAUUCUUUCGGUUUGUUGAGGUAUUUUUGAGCUCCAAAGAAAGAGAUCGAAUCAUGCAGCGGCAGACACCGCCGCCUCCGAGUUCGAGAAAGCAGUUGCCUUUCACUUCCAUGAAGCCGCCGUUUGGUGGAGGCGGUGGAGGAGGAGGAGGCGACUACCACCACUUUGCUUCCGGUGACGCUCAGCGGCCUGAUCACGAAUUUGUCGAGUCCGUCGCUGUCAAGAAGCGCCCUCCAUUAAAGCGGAAAAGUGGAGUAGCAGAACCUGAAGUGGAACCUGCUGACCACAAUGCAAGUCCUGGCAAUGUUACUGUCCCGAAAGGUCCCUUUCAAACACCACCAUCUGCAAAAUCAGGAAAACAAAAGGUUUCAAGGUCAAAGGCCAACAAGGCUGGAUCUCAGAUUCCCAUUCCAAAUGUUGGGUCUCCUAGUGGCAAUCACACCCCUGUUGGUCCUUGUCGUUAUGAUAGCUCGCUAGGUCUAUUGACAAAAAAGUUCAUCAAUCUAAUUAAACAUGCAGAAGAUGGUGUUCUGGAUUUGAAUAAAGCUGCAGAUACUUUAGAGGUACAGAAGAGGCGUAUAUAUGAUAUUACUAAUGUUCUUGAAGGCAUUGGUCUUAUAGAAAAGAAUCUCAAGAACAGAAUCCAGUGGAAGGGUCUAGAUGUAGCAAGACCAGGGGAAGCUGAUGAGAGCGUACCUGCUUUACAGGAAGAGCUUGAAAAUCUGAACAUCGAGGAGCGCAGAUUAGAUGACCGCAUAAGAGAAAUGCAGGAAAAGUUGAGGGGCCUGAGUGAAGAUGAAGGCAAUGAAAGGUGGCUCUUUGUCACAGAAGAAGAUAUAAAAUGCUUACCCUGCUUCCAGAAUGAAACUCUUAUAGCAAUUAAAGCUCCUCAUGGCACUACUUUAGAAGUUCCAGACCCUGAUGAGGCAGUUGAUUAUCCACAAAGAAGGUACAGAAUAGUUCUUCGGAGCACAAUGGGGCCUAUCGAUGUUUACCUUGUCAGCCAAUUUGAGGAAAAAUUUGAGGAGAUUAAUGCUGUCGAAGAACAACCAAGCAUUCCUGCUAUGCAGGGAGUAGAGGCUAAUGUUUAUGCUUCUGUACCAUCUCCAAAGCUGGAAAUCGGAGGACAUGAAACUGCUGCACAGGAAGUAGAGCCUCAAAGGAUGUGUUUGGAUGCGAGUACGUCACAGGAUUUUGUGAGUGGAAUCCUGAAGAUAGUGCCAGAAGUUGAUAUUGGUGCUGAUUACUGGCUAUCGUCGGAUGCGGAUAUAAGCUACACUGACAUGUGGAGCAUAGAAUCUGUCAUCGACUGGGAUAGUUUGGAUGUGCCUGAUUACGCCACAGCAGGUAUCACUACGCCACGAGCCCAAACUCCAGCACGAAACACGACUGCAGCGUCUCCAAGUCAAGCUGCCGUGCCUUCUGCUUUGCCACCAGACCAAAUCACAACCACAACCACAACCACAACCACAACCACGGCCACCAUACCUCCUUCAACCACGAUUUGAUGAUGAAUUUGGACGAAGACGCGCUGUUGUACAUUAGAGAGUGAAAAGGUUGGUCUAUCUCUACCGAUAUAAUGUAGAUAUGUUGGAGUAGUAGAAAGAUGGAUGAUAUUCUUGGCUGUACAGUUUCAAAAUUAGAAGGUACAUGCAAUAGCAAUAAAUGAUUAACUGCUGUGAGAAUUCAAAUUAUGUACAUCAACCACGAGAAUUUCUUAGGCAUUUUUUCUUUUCUAGUUUGUAAUAUAGGAUUCUAGGUUGAUGUUCUUGAUGUCUAGCAUUCGGCUUGUGAGAUCUCUGGUACCAAAUCCAUUUAUAUUUUUGUUUAAAGAUGAAUUCAUGUAA